AUGGGGCGUACGAUCGAGCAACGUGUUAACAUCAAAUUUUAUGUCAAACUCAAGAAAACGCCUACGAAAACUCUUCAAAUGAUCAAUAAGGUUUAUGGUGAGGAAGCUUUAUCCAGAACUUUAGUCUUCCAGUUUCAUAAGAAUUUCCGAGAGGACUGCGACAACGUCCACGACGAACAACGCGCCGGACGUCCAUCAACCAGUCACACGGACUCAAAUGUGCAAAAAGUGCGUGACGUGUUGAACACUGAUCGUCGUCUGAGCAUCCGAGCAAUCGCAAAAGAGGUCGGGAUCGAUAUGAUGACCGUUCACGACAUUGUCCCAGAACGAUCUGGGCAUGAGAAGGAUCUGUGCAAAGCUGGUGCCAAAACACCUGACGGAUAA